UCCGACGCCGGAUCUCCGAAGCCAGAAGAGGAGGUUUGAUCCUGCAACUGUUUCCUCUCUUUUCUGGGUCGCUCUGACCCUUUCUGGAUACUGGAUUAACCCACGGAAAAAACAGAAGACGACGUGUGGGAUUAAACAAAAAUUUCCUCUGGUUUUGGAAUCUUUUACUUCUCACUUGGACAAGAAGUCAAGAGCAAAAUCCCCGUGUUGCAAUCUGGUUCCUAAGGAGAAAGAGGAAGGCAGCCCUGGAGUGGUUUCAUUACACUACUUUGCGCAGAAGAGUAAGAGAUGGAACCCGAAGAAGAAAGGAUUCGUUACAGCCAGAGACUGCGUGGCACCAUGCGACGACGAUAUGAAGAUGAUGGCAUUUCAGAUGAUGAAAUUGAAGGAAAAAGAACCUUUGACUUAGAAGAGAAACUCCACACCAACAAAUAUAAUGCUAAUUUUGUUACUUUUAUGGAGGGAAAAGAUUUUAAUGUUGAAUAUAUACAACGAGGAGGCUUAAGAGAUCCUCUGAUUUUCAAGAAUUCUGAUGGACUUGGAAUAAAGAUGCCUGAUCCAGACUUCACUGUGAAUGACGUCAAAAUGUGUGUGGGGAGUCGUCGAAUGGUGGAUGUUAUGGAUGUGAACACACAAAAAGGCAUUGAAAUGACCAUGGCUCAGUGGACACGCUACUACGAGACACCAGAAGAGGAGCGAGAGAAACUUUAUAAUGUCAUCAGCUUAGAAUUUAGCCAUACCAGGCUGGAGAAUAUGGUACAGAGGCCUUCCACGGUGGAUUUCAUCGACUGGGUAGACAACAUGUGGCCAAGGCAUUUGAAGGAAAGCCAGACUGAAUCAACAAAUGCCAUUUUAGAGAUGCAAUACCCUAAAGUGCAGAAAUACUGUCUAAUGAGUGUUCGAGGCUGCUAUACUGACUUCCAUGUGGACUUUGGUGGUACCUCUGUUUGGUAUCACAUCCACCAAGGUGGAAAGGUCUUCUGGCUCAUCCCCCCUACAGCCCACAACCUGGAGCUGUACGAGAAUUGGCUGCUGUCAGGGAAACAGGGAGACAUCUUUCUGGGUGACCGGGUAUCAGAUUGCCAACGCAUUGAGCUCAAGCAGGGGUAUACCUUCGUCAUUCCUUCAGGGUGGAUUCAUGCUGUGUAUACUCCUACAGAUACAUUAGUGUUUGGAGGCAAUUUUUUACAUAGCUUUAACAUCCCCAUGCAAUUAAAGAUAUAUAGCAUUGAAGAUCGGACACGGGUUCCAAAUAAAUUCCGCUAUCCAUUCUACUAUGAGAUGUGUUGGUACGUGUUGGAGCGCUAUGUAUACUGCAUAACCAACCGCUCCCACCUAACUAAGGAAUUUCAGAAAGAAUCCCUCAGUAUGGAUUUGGAGUUAAAUGGAUUGGAAUCUGGAAAUGGGGAUGAGGAAGGAAUGGACCGAGAAUCCAGACGCUUGAACAGUAGGCGCUCUGUUCUCACUAGCCCUGUACCAAAUGGAAUCAACCUGGAUUAUGAUGGACUAGGCAAAACCUGCCGAAGUCUUCCAAGUCUGAAGAAACCUUUGUCUGGAGACUCUUCCUCUGACUCAGGUCGGGGCUCCCACAAUGGCCAAGUGUGGGAUCACCAGUGUAGUCCCCGAAAGGACAGGCAAGUGCAUCUGACCCAUUUUGAGCUUGAAGGCCUUCGCUGCCUUGUAGAUAAGUUGGAGUCUCUUCCAUUGCACAAGAAGUGUGUCCCCACAGGAAUAGAAGAUGAAGAUGCUCUCAUUGCUGAUGUGAAGAUUUUGCUGGAGGAGCUUGCCAACAGUGACCCCAAGUUAGCCCUGACUGGAGUUCCUAUAGUACAGUGGCCAAAAAGGGAUAAGCUUAAAUUCCCCACUAGGCCAAAGGUGCGGGUUCCUACCAUCCCCAUCACUAAACCUCACACCAUGAAGCCAGCUCCACGGUUAACACCUGUGAGACCUGCAGCUGCCUCUCCCAUUGUGUCAGGAGCCAGGCGGAGAAGAGUGCGCUGUCGGAAAUGCAAAGCCUGUGUGCAGGGGGAAUGUGGGGUUUGCCACUACUGCAGGGACAUGAAGAAGUUUGGGGGGCCUGGACGCAUGAAGCAGUCCUGUGUCCUUCGACAGUGCUUAGCAGUAAGUAAUAUUCUGGGUAAAGACUUGCGGGGAGGGGGUGCCCUAGUACUGGGGGACUGGAAUACAGUUGGGAGAAUGGAUGGAGAAGGGUUGCUUAACGAGGAAUUGCCAAAUUGCUGGGAGUGUCCAAAGUGUUACCAGGAAGACAGCUCAGAGAAAUCCCAGAAGCGGAAAAUGGAAGAAACCGAUGAAGAAGCUGUGCAAGCCAAAGUCCUGCGGCCCCUGCGGAGCUGCGAGGAGCCUCUCACUCCCCCCCCUCACUCCCCCACUUCCAUGCUGCAGCUUAUCCACGACCCCGUUUCCCCCAGGGGUAUGGUGACUCGGUCAUCUCCUGGGGCUGGCCCCAGCGACCACCACAGUGCCAGCCGAGAUGAGCGCUUCAAACGGCGGCAAUUGCUGCGGCUGCAGGCCACAGAGCGCACCAUGGUACGGGAAAAGGAGAACAAUCCCAGCGGCAAAAAGGAGCUGUCUGAAGUUGAAAAGGCCAAGAUCCGGGGAUCGUACCUCACUGUCACGCUACAGAGGCCCACCAAAGAGCUCCACGGGACAUCCAUUGUGCCCAAGCUGCAGGCCAUCACGGCCUCCUCUGCCAACCUUCGCCAUUCCCCCCGUGUGCUAGUGCAGCACUGCCCAGCCCGAACGCCCCAGCGUGGGGAUGAGGAGGGACUGGGGGGAGAGGAGGAAGAGGAGGAGGAGGAGGAGGAGGAAGAUGACAGUGCAGAGGAGGGGGGUGCAGCCAGGCUGAAUGGCCGGGGCAAUUGGGCUCAGGAUGGAGACGAAAGCUGGAUGCAGCGGGAGGUCUGGAUGUCUGUCUUCCGCUACCUCAGCCGCAGAGAACUUUGUGAAUGUAUGCGAGUGUGCAAGACGUGGUAUAAAUGGUGCUGCGACAAGAGACUUUGGACAAAAAUUGACUUGAGUAGGUGUAAGGCCAUCGUACCCCAGGCUCUCAGUGGUAUCAUCAAGAGACAGCCAGCUAGUCUCGACCUCAGUUGGACCAACAUCUCCAAAAAGCAACUGACGUGGCUGGUCAAUAGAUUGCCAGGACUGAAAGACCUCCUCCUAGCUGGCUGCUCUUGGUCUGCUGUCUCUGCCCUCAGCACUUCCAGCUGCCCCCUUCUCAGGACCCUUGAUCUUCGGUGGGCAGUAGGAAUUAAGGACCCUCAAAUUCGAGAUUUGCUGGCUCCACCAGCUGAUAAACCAGGUCAGGACAAUCGCAGCAAGCUUCGGAACAUGACUGACUUCCGGCUGGCAGGACUUGACAUCACGGAUGCCACACUUCGGCUCAUCAUUCGCCACAUGCCCCUCCUGUCUCGACUCGACCUUAGUCAUUGCAGCCACCUUACAGAUCAGUCCUCCAACCUACUCACCGCUGUCGGGUCUUCCACGCGUUAUUCCCUCACUGAGCUCAAUAUGGCAGGUUGCAAUAAAUUGACAGACCAGACCCUGAUCUACCUACGGCGCAUAGCCAAUGUCACCUUGAUUGACCUUCGAGGAUGCAAGCAGAUCACUCGAAAAGCCUGCGAGCACUUCAUCUCAGACUUGUCCAUCAACAGCCUGUACUGCCUGUCUGACGAGAAGCUGAUACAGAAAAUCAGCUAAGACACACCCAGCCUGGACUCAUCAGGAAACCAAUCUUCCCCUGCCUUCCCACUGAGGAGAGUCUUUCCCUGAUCCUGCAUAGGCUCCAGGCCAGCGGCACACUCCCUCUCUGCUCUCCUGCCCUGAGCCCUGCUCGCUCGCAUAGGUGGGGCAGAGAGAGUGGUGGAUGCCAGGCUUGCCUGCCUGCUCCUCUCCCUCCCAAGGAAAAAGGAACAGCAGUUGAUCCAAGAGGAGAGCACGGGCAGUGCCGUCAGGAGGCCAGGCUUUCAGUUUGGGAUGUUUGUGCAACUUUCACUUGUACCAGGCCCACGACCCGCUUUCCCACCUGUGGUCCCCAGCAGCGCCUGGUUCUGUGCAAACUCUAGGGAAGAAAGUGCCCUGUCCUCGUGGCCAGGUUCUCCUCGCGGUGUCCAGUGCGUGUCUCCUCCAUCUCACUCUCCAAGCUUCUGCAGGAGGGGCCAGCAGCCCCAGGAUGCCAGGCCCGGCAGGUCCCACUGGUGCUGUGAUAACUGAAGCCUCGCACCAAUGUCUAUACGCUCGUCCUCAUUUCCUGUCCCUGAGCUUGAUGCUGUCUAGCACUAGUAGCACCCGUGCUCAUUCACACGUGGCUCCCUGCGACCCACCUGCCCCACCCAGCUUUCCCACCAGUCUCUGUGAGGUCUUUGUUGCACUUAUUGGGGUUGAAGCUCUUCAGAGGAGCAUGGAACUGUACCCCGAGGGACACCCCCAUCUCAUUGCUACCCAGACAGAUUCUGAGACAGGCACCAUCUCUUUGUCCCCCUCUCUUGCCUCCCACUCACUGCCCUUUUCCACGUGUCCUCGUCCCCACCUGAAUUGGGUUUUCCCAGGAUGCAUGUCCCCAGAGGGAGCAGCCUGUUCCCCGGGUGAGGGGAGCAGACGAGUGGCCGAGUCUCCCUCUGCCUCUAGACCAGGCUUUUCUGGGCCUUUGGUUUAGUGUAGCCCCUGAGCUCAGGUCUGUGCAUUGCCUCGCGGCUCGCCGACCUGAUACCUUUUGAGGGGAGGAGAGGGGUCUUGCUUGGAAGCCAGUCACCCACCCUCUGCCCACAGAUGUGGAAAGGGGGUGUGCAUGUGCCUCUGUGUGUGUGUGUGUGUGAGUGGCUGAGUGUGCUGCGCGCGUGUGUACAGGAGAGGGGAGCAUGGAAUUCCCGCUCCACCACCCUUCGUCAAGCCCCAUCAGCUGCCCUCUUUUACUUUGCAUUGAACGGCCUGUCCAAAGAUCCUCUCUCUAGGGCAGCAGAGAGCUUUUUGCACUUUAAAAAGAGAAGGAGAAGAAAGGUCGGAAUUUGUUUUGGGUCAAUAUUUAAAUGUGUGAGGAGAUGCUCAGUAGCAGCAGCCAGUGGCAAGUGUAUAUGAUAGAUGCAAAUUUGCACUCUGCUCCCCAUCUGUAGGAGAUUGAUAGCACAACCUUGCCCCACCCCUUCCCCUCCUCUUUCCUGUAGCCCAGUCUCGGGCCUUCCUCCCAAACCCUAUUCUGAGGGGACAGAGCCCCAGCACCAGGGGUCUGAAGUGUGAGCCACCUGAGGAGAGAUGCCAACUGCACCCUUGCCACUGCCAAAGCAAUAGAAGCAGAGAGGUUCCCUCUUUGUCACCUAGCCCAGCUUUGAUCCUGGCAUUAAGCCACCAUUUUAGGGAAAACUGGGUCUGGUAGGGGUAGCAUUGUGUCUGUUUCUUCCAAUCUGCUGAUUCUCUUGGCUGCACCUUAAAAACAGCAGCAGCUUGCUCCCGUGACCCUUCGCCCCUUCCAUUGGUCUCCAGGCCCUAGCAUUCUGGGGCCAAAACCUUGAGGAAAUUCCAGUGACUUAUUCCAGAGUGCCUCAGUUAGGGGAACUUCUCUGUAAAGAACCCUGGGUAUUGAGCAGAAACCUUAGUAUUGUCAAUGACCUAUAUGACCGGACGCUUCCUCCCCUCGCCCUCCCCUUUUUGGUUGCUCCUGUGGAAAAUACUGAAAAAGAUUACUAAGUUUUGUUGUCUUUUCAUAAAGGAGGGGAGCAGGCGAGGCCCCUUCAGAGCAGGGAUUGCGCCGGGACAGUGCCUCUGACUUUGGGACAUUUCACCCGCAGAAAUUUCCAAACUGAUGGUUUGUUUUGGGUUUUGUUUUUGUUUGUUGAUUGGUUGGUUUGG